CAACGGUUGGCCAAAAGCAGGCCAGGACUAUUCUCCCGCCAGUUAUAGAGAGUGAUUUGAAUCUACAUUCCGGAAGUGUAACAAUAGCCUGGGGAUCAGAGAAGAAAUACAACAGCACGACUUCAUUAUGAAACUCCAAUUAAUUGCGCUCGUAUGUGGCGCCCUCGCUUUGGCCGAGGCCCAGAACUACCCGCAGCGCCUAAGUAUUCCCGGUGCCGUGGCAUCGCCAGGUCCGUCACUACCCCACCGUCAGCCAGUGCUUCGCGUGCGUCGUCCUGGUCCUUCUGUCCGUCAGCAGAAUGCCAUUCUCCAUUCUCCUCCGGUGACGCAACGUAUUGCUAUUGAAGAGCCCCGUCCUGUGACGGAGGCGGAGGAGGAUGAAGCCCCCGAGCCAUAUCUUCCUAACCUCCUCCGGGAGCAGCAGCUGGCCCAGGCCCAGCAGUCUCAGUUCCAGCAGGCAGCAGCCGCUUUCUUGGCUGGCCAGCAGCCCAUCGAACAACCAUCGCCAGUACAGCAAUACCUCCAAAACGAGGAUUCCCAGCCAGCGGCCAUCCUGCCUCCUCCUUCCCGCUUUGCAGCUGAACGUCCAUCGAUCCCGGCGCCACCAAACAGGCCCUCUUCCUUCAACGAUUUCGGCAUCGGACGAUUCGAGAACUCGCAAAGAUUCGGUUUGGAGAGACCCACGCCCACAGCAGCAGCGCCUCCCCCACCACCUCCACCACCACAGCCCCAGCGGGUGGCUGUGAUCCGAACCAGACCAUCUGCUCCUGCUUUGAGACCAGAGCCUCCAGCACCACAGCCAGCGCCCAGACCACGCCCUAAGCCCGUUCCAUCCCGGCCACUCAUUGACCAGAAUCAACUGCAAGAGGAGCGGGAGCAGCAGCAACAGCGCCCACGACGUCCAGUGGCCCAGACCAUUCGCAAAUGGCGGGAAGAAAACGAGGACGGUAGCAUUACGUGGGGCUAUGAGAACGACGAUGGCUCCUUCAAGGAGGAAAUCAUAGGCACUGACUGCAUCACCAAGGGCACAUAUGGAUACAUCGAUCCAGAUGGCAACAAACGUGAAUACAACUACGAAACUGGUAUUAAAUGCGAUCCCAACGCCCGGGACAACGAGGAGGAGCUGCAGGAGAAUGGUUUCAUUAACUACGAGGAGAACCGCGCCGUUCUUCCUAAUGGUCUGGAGAUCGACAUGACGCAAUUGGGCAAGAAGAAGUCGAAGCGCCCAAACAGCAUCUACAGGAACUGAUAGUCCCAGCAGGAGCAGCAGCAGUAGUCCCUUAAGUCAAACAGCUCGUAGAUCGUCUUAUUUGUAUUCCACUUAUAAUUAUGUUCAUACUUCAUUGAGUGUCAAGUGACAGAUUAAAUGAUUAGUUCGUA